UAAUGCACACUAGAAGGUUGAUUGCCAACCGCCAUGCAAAACAAGAAGAAGAAGAAGAAGGAGGAAGGAGGAGACUUGAGCAGGACGCUAAUAAGUCAGUCUUAUUAUUUUUUCUCCAGUUUGAAAUAUUUACGUCGUAUAAAAUAAACCUUUGAUUUUUUAUUCAAUGAUUUAUUCGUCUCGAUGCGCUCGAAGCACUAUGCCGCUUCUCGUGCUAUCUUUGCUUGUUUGUUAGCUUCGCUCGCUCGUUAGCUUAGCUUGUUAGCUGCUAACAGAAGACACAUAAGUUAUCAACACAUCGCUAAGUAGAGAUCAAGUGUGAGAGUAAAGUGUUGUGAUUGUGUGAAAAUGUCUACAUUAUAAAUGUUGAGAGCGUUGGUGAAUCAGCGACUAACUGCUGCCGUUGAAGAAAUAUUUGUAGUGUUAAAAAGAACGAUAGCAGAAUACGAGGCGGAACUUUCGAGAACAAAGGAGGAAAACAAUCAACUACUGGACGCUGUUUUUAAGAAACAUCAAGUUGUGUUACACAGACAAGACGUCCAGCAGCCCCCCCAUAUUAAAGAGGAAGAGGUGGAUCCACAGCCCCCCCACAUUAAAGAGGAAGAAGAGGAAGUGUGUCUUCUAGGACAGGAGGAGGCUGAUCUCAGCAAGUUUCCACUGACUGUUGUCUCUGUGAAGACUGAAGAGCAUGAAGACAAACCACCUGAGUCCUCACAGCUUCAUCACAGUCCAAACGUCCAGCAGGUGUCAGCAGAGAGUCAUGAAGAGAUUCCCUCCAAGCAGCAGGAGUGGAGCUCCAGUGUGGGACGGAAGGAGCUACAGGCCCCCUCCCACAUUAAAGAGGAAGAGGAGGAAUUGUGGGAGCAGCUUCAAAGUUUAGAGGAGGCUAAUGAUGAAGAUGAAACUCAGUCCUUACAGUUUCAUCACAGUCAAAGUGAGGAGAACAGAGGGGCGGAGCUUGUAAGUCAACACAUCACAGAAGCUGAUGGAGAGCAUUGUGAAGAUAUGAAAACAGAACCAGACAGCAUCUUUGCUCCACUGUCAGACAUGGACCACAUGAUGUCAGACUCUUCUGAUCACAGUGACCUCAUCCAAAAACCUUUGGAGAGGAAAAAUGACUCUAAAGGUGAUUCAAGACGUCACACUAACAACAAACACUUUGACUGCUCUGAAUGUGGGAGAUCAUUUAGAUGGAAGAGUAAUUUUACAGUACACAUGAGAACACAUACUGGAGAGAAACCUUUUACUUGCUCUGUGUGUAAGAAAAGUUUUUCCACAAAGCCUGACAUGACCGCACACAUGAGAACACACACUGGAGAAAAACCUUUUACUUGCUCUGUUUGUGAGAAGAGUUUCUCCAGAAAGCCUGACAUGACCACACACAUGAGAACACAUACUUGAGAGAAACCUUUUACUUGCUCCGUUCUUAAGAAACAUUUCUCCAUAAAGCAACAUAUGACCACACACAUGAGAACACAUACUGGAGAGAAACCUUUUCCUUGCUCUGUUUGUAAGAAGAGUUUCUCCAGAAAGAUUGUCAUGACCAGACACAUGAGGACGCACACUGGAGAGAAACCUUUUCCUUGCUCUGUUUGUAAGAAGAGUUUCUCCACAAAGCCUGACAUGACCACACACAUGAGAACACAUACUGGAGAGAAACCUUUUACUUGCUCGUUUGUAUGAAGAGUUUCUCCAGAAAGCUUGACAUGUCCACACACAUGAGAAUACAUACUGGAGAGAAACCUUUUACUUGCUCUGUUUGUAAAAAGAGUUUCACCAGAAUUAAUCACAUGACCACACACAUGAGAACGCACACUGGAGAGAAACCAUUUAGUUGCACUGUGUGUGAUAAGAUGUUCCGGCAUAAGUAUCAGGUCAGUAAACACAAGUGUGUAACAGUCAUGGGAGCUGCAGGGAUUUAAAAACACUUAAACAGUGAUUGUGCUAAAUGCACUUUAAAGCAUAGCAUUUUUAAUAUGAAUGAAUGUUUGAUGUUGUAUCUAGUGCUUCUCAUCUUAUAGUGUUAUAUGUUGGCAUGGAGUUACUUUUUAAGUUGUGUGCAUAUAUUGAAUAUUAUAUAUGUAGUUACUAUUUUUUUAUCUUCUCAUCUUUGAAGAGAUGACAUGUUAUUAUUUUCAUUUGUUUUUGUGUCUUAUAAAAUCAAAAAAGUUUUCCAUUACGUUUUAUUGAUGCUAUUAUCCAACUAUAGGUAUGAAUGAAUACAAUUGUUAACAAAACGUGUACUCUGGUAGAUUAGCAGCAUUGUUACAUCAUGGAUGUUAACUACUGCAAAACAUCAACAAAGAAGAAAAAGUCUGAAGUUAGCAACACAUCACUGAACUUUAGAGCCAUCGCGAGUGAAGUUGGUUGUUUGUUUGUUUUAAUCAUCAAUAAAUACAAUUGGAAUGUAGAAAAAGUA